AUGUCCUCCUCCGGCUCCCCCUCCGGCUCCUCCUUCAGCUUCUCCACCAGCUCCUCCUCUCAUUCCUCUAGUUCCUCCUUCAGCUCAUCCUCCAGCUCCACUUCCGGCUCUUUCUCGGUUCCUCCUCUAGCAAUGCCUUGUACUCUGAAUGACGUAUGCAAAGUUGCACGCUUUCAAUGGCAAGUAAUCAUAGCCAGAAAAAAGGAGAACAUAAAGGGAAAUAUAAACAACCUUGACAAGGGUCAUAAACCUAAAAAUAACUCUUUCGACAUUGCAAAGUCAAUAAGCCUUUCCGGGCACAAAGAGACUCUUCGGCAACUCCCACAAUAA